GGAUGAUGAUGAUGGACGCGGGACUUUAACUUGUUCUCGUCCCGCUGAACGCAGAGCCGCGGGUUCGAGUCCUCCGGCAUCGAUGGCGGCGCGGCGCUGAGGCGCAGCGGCACGAUGAGCGUCUCGAGGCCUCUGCGCUGCUUCCUGCUGUGGAGCUGCUGCGUGCUGGCGACAGGUGUGCCGCUGCUGCUCUAUGCGAACCGGCGGGACCUCCGGCUCGUGGACGCGGCACACGAGAAGGCCAACGCCACGGUGGUGGUGGGGGGGCUGGAGGACGCCGCUGCCGUGGACUACGUCUACUCCCAGGGCCUCAUCUACUGGAGCGACGUGAGCGAGGAGGCCAUCAAACGCACCGUCUUCAACCAGUCGGGGGCCAGCGCCGUCCAGAUAGUGGUACCCGGUCUGGCCUCCCCCGACGGACUGGCCUGUGAUUGGUUGGGGAGUAAACUUUACUGGACAGACUCGGAAACCAAUCGGAUCGAGGUGGCCGAGCUGGACGGGUCCCUGAGGAAGGUUUUGUUCUGGCAGGAGCUGGACCAGCCGAGGGCCAUCGCUCUGGAUCCAGAACGAGGGUACAUGUACUGGACGGACUGGGGUGAGAUCCCAAAGAUCGAGCGGGCGGGGAUGGACGGGACGAAUCGCUCCAUGAUCAUCGAUAAAGAGAUCUACUGGCCCAACGGUCUGACUCUGGACUACAGUCUGGAGAAACUGUACUGGGCCGACGCCAAACACAACUUCAUCCACCGCGCCAACCUGGACGGGUCCUCCAGGGAGGUGGUGGUCAAAGGAGAGCUGCCUCACCCGUUCGCCCUCACCCUCUACGAGGACACCCUGUUCUGGACCGACUGGAACACCCACUCCAUCCACUCCUGCAGGAAACAGACCGGAGCUGAUCAGCGUAUCGUCCACUCGGACAUCUUCUCACCGAUGGACAUCCACGUCUUCAGCGGCAAGAGACAAAACAUAUUAGCGACCACUCCCUGCUUGGUGAAGAAUGGAGGAUGUUCCCACCUCUGUCUCCUGUCUCCGAUGAAACCCUUCUAUCAGUGUGCCUGUCCCACCGGAGUCCAGCUGCUGGAGGACGGGAAGACCUGCAGAGACGGUGCGACUCAGAUGCUGCUGUUGGCCCGGCGGACAGACCUGCGCCGCAUUUCCCUGGACACGCCGGACUUCACCGACAUCAUCCUGCAGGUGGAGGACAUCCGGCACGCCAUCGCCAUCGACUACGACCCGGUGGACGGGUACCUCUACUGGACGGACGACGACGUGAAGGCCAUCCGCCGCUCGCUGCUGGACGGCAGCGACGCCCAGUUCGUGGUCACGUCUCAGGUCAACCACCCCGACGGCAUCGCCGUGGACUGGAUCGCCCGGAACCUGUACUGGACUGACACCGGAACGGACCGCAUCGAGGUGACCCGGCUCAACGGGACCAUGAGGAAGAUCCUGAUCUCUGAAGACCUGGACGAGCCCAGAGCCAUCGUACUGGACCCCGUGGCCGGCUACAUGUACUGGACGGACUGGGGGGAGGUGCCAAAGAUCGAGCGGGCCGACCUGGACGGGUUGGAGCGUCUGGUGAUGGUCAACACGUCUCUGGGUUGGCCCAACGGCCUCGCCCUCGACUACGACGAACGCAAACUCUACUGGGACGCCAAGACCGACAAGAUCGAGGUGAUGGACAUGGACGGGACAGGACGACGGGUGCUGGUGGAGGACAAACUUCCUCACAUCUUCGGCUUCACUCUGCUGGGAGACUUCAUCUACUGGACGGACUGGCAGCGCCGCAGCAUCGAGCGUGUCCACAAACGCACCGCGGAGAGGGAGAUCAUCAUCGACCAGCUGCCCGACCUCAUGGGCCUCAAGGCCGCUAACGUGCACAAGUGCUUUGGUACCAACCCGUGUGCGGAGCAGAACGGCGGCUGCAGUCACCUGUGCCUCUACAAGCCGGUGGGCGUUCAGUGCGGCUGUCCCAUCGGCCUGGAGCUCAUCGCCGACAUGAGGACCUGCAUCGUCCCCGAGGCCUUCCUGCUCUUCUCCCGCCACACCGACAUCCGCCGCAUCUCCCUGGAGACCAACAACAACAACGUGGCCAUCCCGCUCACCGGCGUCAAGGAGGCCUCGGCGCUGGACUUCGAUGUCACCGACAACCGGAUCUACUGGACCGACAUCACGCUGAAGACCAUCAGCCGGGCCUUCAUGAACGGCAGCGCUCUUGAGCACGUGGUGGAGUUCGGGCUGGACUACCCGGAGGGGAUGGCGGUGGACUGGCUGGGGAAGAACCUGUAUUGGGCCGACACCGGAACCAACCGCAUCGAGGUGGCCAAACUGGACGGGCAGCACCGGCAGGUCCUGGUCUGGAAGGACCUGGACAGUCCACGAGCUCUGGCUCUGGAUCCGGCUGAAGGGUACAUGUACUGGACCGAGUGGGGCGGGAAGCCGAAGAUCGACCGGGCGGCGAUGGACGGGACGGGUCGGAUCACUCUGGUGGCCGACGUGGGCCGAGCCAACGGGCUCACCAUCGACUACGCAGAACGCCGCCUCUACUGGACCGACCUCGACACCACGCUCAUCGAGUCCUCCAACAUGCUCGGUCAGGACCGUGAGGUGAUAGCGGACGACCUCCCUCACCCUUUCGGCCUCACCCAGUACCAGGACUACAUCUACUGGACCGACUGGAGCCAGCGCAGCAUCGAGCGGGCCAACAAGACCAGCGGGCAGAACCGCACCGUGAUCCAAGGCCACCUGGACUACGUCAUGGACAUCCUGGUGUUCCACUCGUCCAGACAGGGCGGCUGGAACGCCUGCGCCUCCACCAACGGACACUGCUCUCACCUCUGCCUCGCCGUCCCCGUCAGCAGCUUCGUCUGCGGAUGCCCCGCCCACUUCUCCCUCAACUACGACAACAAGACGUGCAGCGCUCCGACUUCCUUCCUGCUGUUCAGCCAGAAGACGGCCAUCAACCGCAUGGUGAUCGACGAGCAGCAGAGUCCGGACAUCAUCCUGCCCAUCCACAGCCUGAGGAACGUCAGAGCCAUCGACUACGACCCGCUGGACAAACAGCUGUACUGGAUCGACUCCAAGCAGAAUGUCAUCCGCCGAGCCCAGGAGGACGGGAACCAGAGCAUGACGGUGGUGUCCAGCUCUCUGUCUGGACCCAGUCAGGGCCUGCAGCUGUACGACCUGAGCAUCGACGUCUACAGCCGCUUCAUCUACUGGACCAGCGAGGUCACCAACGUCAUCAACGUCACCCGGACCGACGGCAGCCGGGUCGGCGUGGUGCUGAGGGGAGAGCACGACAAACCCAGAGCCAUCGUGGUCAACCCCGAGAGAGGGUACAUGUACUUCACCAACCUGCUGGAGCGCUCGCCCAAGAUCGAGCGGGCAGCGCUGGACGGGACGGAGCGGGAGGUUCUGUUCUUCAGCGGGUUGGGGAAGCCCGUCGCUCUGGCCAUCGAUAACGAGGUGGGGAAGCUGUUCUGGGUCGACUCGGACCUGCGACGCAUCGAGAGCAGCGACCUCUCCGGAGCCAAUCGGAUCGUGAUCGCAGACUCCAACAUCCUGCAGCCGGUGGGCCUGACGGUGUUCGGGAACCACCUGUACUGGAUCGACAAGCAGCAGCAGAUGAUCGAACGCAUCGACAAGACCACGAGGGAGGGACGCACCAAGAUCCAGGCCCGCAUCGCCUACCUGAGCGACAUCCACGCCGUCCACGAGCUGGACAUGAGGGAGUACAGUAAACAUCCGUGUACGUGGGACAACGGUGGCUGCUCCCACAUCUGCAUCGUGAAGGGAGACGGGACGACCCGCUGCUCGUGUCCCGUCCACCUGGUGCUGCUGCAGGACGAGCUGUCCUGUGGAGAGCCCCCCACCUGCUCCCCGGAGCAGUUCUCCUGCACCUCCGGAGAGGUGGACUGCAUCCCUCAGGCCUGGAGGUGCGACGGUUACCCCGAGUGUGACGACAGCAGCGACGAGGACGACUGUCCCGUCUGCUCCGAGAACGAGUUCCAGUGUGACAGCCGGCAGUGCAUCGACCUGAGCCUCCGCUGCAACGGAGAGGUCAACUGUCAGGACCGGUCCGACGAGAACAAGUGUGAAGUACGCUGUCCUCCGGACCAGUUCACCUGCUCUAAUGGUCAGUGCAUCGGGAAGCACAAGAAGUGUGACCACAACAUGGACUGUACGGACAACUCUGAUGAGACGGGCUGCUACCCGACAGAUGAGCCUCCUCCUCCUCCGUCUAACAACACCAUCGGCUCCAUCGUGGGCGUCGUCAUGGCGUUGUUCGUGGUGGGCGCCGUGUACUUCGUGUGUCAGCGUGUCCUCUGUCCUCAGAUGAAGGACGACGGCGAGACGGUCACCAACGACUUCGUGGUUCACGGGCCGUCCUCGGUGCCGCUGGGAUACGUGCCGCAUCCGAGCUCGCUGUCCAGCUCGCUGCCAGGGAUGUCCAGAGGGAAGUCUGUGAUUGGCUCCCUCAGCAUCAUGGGCGGGAGCAGCGGGCCGCCGUACGACCGCGCCCACGUGACCGGAGCGUCGUCCAGCAGCUCGUCCAGCACCAAGGGAACGUACUUCCCCCCGAUCCUGAAUCCUCCUCCGUCUCCUGCUACCGUUCGCUCUCAGUACACCAUGGAGUUUGGUUAUUCCUCCAACAGCCCCUCAACUCACAGAUCCUACAGCUACCGGCCCUACACCUACCGCCACUUCGCCCCCCCCACAACCCCCUGCAGCACCGACGUGUGCGACAGCGACUACACGCCGGGACGCCGAGCGCCGCUGAAGUCCGCCGCCGCCAACGGAGCCGCCAAGGGCUACACCAGCGACCUCAACUACGACUCGGAGCCUUUCCCUCCGCCGCCGACGCCCCGCAGCCAGUACCUGUCGGCGGAGGAGAACUGUGAGAGCUGCCCGCCGUCGCCUUACACCGAGCGCAGCUACUCCCACCACCUCUACCCGCCGCCGCCCUCGCCAUGCACGGACUCCUCGUGAGCCCCCACAAUGCCCCUCUCCGCACAGCUCCACCCCCGACCCCCAUCCUCACUGUAAAUAGCAAUUGUGCAUAUAUGAGGUUUAAAAACGGGAGACUGAUGAAGAGGAGGAGGAGCGGGAAAAGGAAUCAAACGGGAGCUGCAGAACAUUUGUACAUUGAAAAAGAGAAAAGCAUAUUUAUAUAUUUUCUAUACAGUGUUUACUGAUGACGCCAUAGAGGUUUGUAUUAAGAAAUUUGUACAUUUUUUAAGAAAAAGGUUUUAUUAAAAUCAUCACAAAUAUAAGUUGCCUUAAACCAGAGAACAAGAGGCUGAAGGACAAAAAGCUCACAGCGGACGUUUAACUUAUCUGAUGCCAAAUAUGAAAAACAUCAACAGGAGGAGGAGGAGGAGGAGGAGCGCCCCCUGGAGGCCGGCGGUGUCUGUAGUUACCAUGUAAACUGGAUAAAAAGGACCGUGUGACUACGUGGUACUUUGAUUUACGUUUUACCUCCUCGGUUACCAAACGGUUCGUAGGAUCUGAUGUGGAUGUGAGUCAUGUGAGCCGUCAUGUGAUCCGUCAUGUGAGCCGUCAUGUGAGCCGUCAUGUGAGCCGUCAUGUGAGCCGUCAUGUGAGCCGUCAUGUGAUCCGUCAUGAAGCAAUAACACAGGGAGGCACAUAUUUAUUACCCAAUCAAUCACCCGAUGGCUCUGUAUUGACGAGGCUGCAGAGGAUCGGUCAACUCGUUUGAUCAAACUCUACGGAGGCCCUGAAGUAUGGAAGCCCAAAGACGCCAAAUCCUUUAAAUGACAUCAGCAAAUAAAAUCAGCAAAGUGAUAAUUCACUGGAGUGUUUGUCAUUAGUAUGACCUACAGGAUUAUUUCCCAUCACCUUGGCGUUGAUGUUCUUCCAUACUGAAGAGACGAACUCUUUCUAGGAUCUGAAUCUGAAGACAAUCUGCCUCUUUUGGUUUGUUAGUUUGUUUUUGUUUUUGUUUGUUGCUUUCUAGAAACCACUUCUUUCUUUUGUCCCUUCGGGGCCUCCGUACAAACACUAAAACCUUCUCUCUCCACUAAACGUUAGAGAUCAGGUGUCACAUGACUCUCGUCCUCCGAUCAUCGUGACGUUCAGACGGGAUGAAAACCAAAACGUGCGUUCGUGUUUUGACUCUUCUCGUUUCUUUCCUCCAUGAACUCGAUCUUGUGCCUGAGCUGUUCCACGACUUCAUAAUCUGAUUUGUUUUUGUUUUUAAAGUUGCUGUUUGAGGAUAAACCCGACACUAAGCAGAUCCAGUGCCCACUAAAUGCUAAAUAGUAUUUUUGUACCACAUAUUGUGUAGAUAACGUAUUUAUAAGCUAUAUAGAGAAUCAUUGUAAAUCUAUCCAUUGAACUCUCGCAGUACUUUUCAUUCCGUCUUUUUUUAUAUUGCCUCAUUAUAUUUUUCUACAGAGUUUCACUCCAAACGUUCGGCGACAAUCUCAGAUCAGAAGAACAAAUCCAGGUUUCAGUGUCUGUUCACGGUUUGUGCCAAAAUGAUCUUUAGUUUGAAUCAAAGAGGAAACGGACGUCGGGACCAGAGGACAAACAGGAAGUCAGCAAUCAUUUUAUUAAUCUGUCGCUGUGUUUUUCAUUCUCGUGAAGACCAGAAAUAUAUUUUUAACUUCCUGUCGUCAAAACGUUCAGUUUGUUGUUGAGCUUCUGAAAAACAGAAAAACACCACCAGCGUGAAUCUGACAAUCGUUACUGUUCUAACAUCACUUUUAUUCUUUAAUCACAGAAACAUGUCCGUCUUCAUGAGACGCUUUAACGUUUACAAACAGCCGGAAGUCUUUUUGUUCUCAUUAACUUUUCAAGUCAAGAAAUCUCCUGAAAGUCUAAUUAAUUAAAUCUUCAUCUUCUCGGUAAAAUAUGAGGGAUGAUGACGACAGCUGGGUUUAGUUAUUUUGGUACGAAUAUUAAAAACCUUUUAGGAAUAAAACGUCUUUUUACAAAAAACUUUAUUAAAUGAAACAAGAUAAACUCUCAAAUAUUAAUUGUGUAAACCAACUGGAGACAUUUAAAUAACAUCUAAUUAAAACUCAAACACUAAUCAAUAAUCAGCUCUAAUAUUCGCUCUUUCAUUUGUUUGGUAACUUUUAUUUAAUGUGCACCAGAUAUAUAAAAACAUACGUUUUCUUUAUGGACGUUGGCUUUUGUAGAAUGUUUUUAAUUUCACCAAACUUUACACUUUUUUUACUCAUUUAACAGAUUCAGAUUUAGGAUGUUUUUUAUUUUUUAGACUCCAUGAAUUCUCAAAAACAUCUCGUUAAUCUGGACAGAAAGAGAAACUAUUAAAAACCAGAAACGUCCAGAACAUGGGACGAUGUUUUUGAUGUCACAUCUGUCCUCAUCUGUCCUCAUCUGUCCUCAUCUGUCCACAUCUGUCCCCUGUUGGAGCUGUAGAACAAUCACAGCUGUUCCCUCUGUAGAACCUCGUUGGGAGACGUUCUCGUUCUCUAGCUGCACUUUACAGACUUUUAUUUUUGAUUGAUUUUGGUUUCUGGUACAAAACGUUGACGGUGAAGUUUGUUUGUAAACAAAGAUGUCCGACUUUGUGAAGAGGAGAACUUUCAUUUUAAUCCUCACGUGUUGAUCGUCUGUUUGUUUCCUCGCUGUGAUUCUGUUUUAUCCUUUUUACUUCUCUUUCAUUAAUAAUCUGUUUAAAGUCUCUUCUGUUUCUACAAAGAGUUUUUAUGAACCAGAUCAAACGUCUGUUAUCCAGUAAAUCUGUUUUAUGGGACGUCAAAGAAGAACAAAGUCGUUUUAUUUCAGACUAAUAUUUAAUCUGUUGAAUCUAAAAUAAAUCAGUGAUUUUAGUUUGAGAGCUUGAUUUAAUAUUUUAAAGGUACAAAUUAAUAAUUAAAGGAACGAAUAAAUCCAGUGGUACUAAUUAAGUUUUAGGAUAAAAAUGAGUAAACUGAAGGAGUGAAAUAAUAAUACCUGAUUUGAAGGGCUGGGUGUCGCUCUGUUAAUAACACAGAUAAUAAUAAUAAUAACAAUAAACUGACUUUUUGUGUUUUUAAGAAACAAACGCACAAAUUUCCGAAAUGUCAAAACAUUACAUUUUUUACUUUUGGGUCAUUUUAUGUCUUUAUUUAAAGCCGAUAUUAGAGAUGAUUUGUGGUUUGAACCCAGAGAAAGAAAUGUUUUUGAGUUUCUGACAAACGAUCAGCUGCUGACUUUGUUUGUUUUAUGUUUUUUCCUUUUUGUUCAACAUUAUUUUGACACUUUUGGAACAUAAAAGUCAAAAAGCUCAUUAAUAUUUUAAUCUGUGUCGUUGUGAUCGGUGUGAAUGUUUACAGACACGUUUCAGUCGGUACAGACGGUCGUCGGUUCGAUUCCCAGCCUUUCUGAUCUUAAAGGAGAUAAACAUGUUUCUUCUCUGAUUUCAGGCCGAAGAUCUUUAGUUCAGUUUGUGACGAACGUGUUUGAAAAAGGUCAAAGAAAGUAGAAAUGGAAAAAGGUCAUUUUUUUAUUUUUCAUUAUUUUUUAAAGCACUUUUGUCUCCAGGUGUUCUGGGCGACGGUUCCUCCGUUCUGCUCUCUUGGUGCUCCGUUGUUUCCACUAACUGUUGUUUUUUAUUUUUACCUGUAAACCUGAGCUCCUCUUGGACCUGUACAGCCCAACCAGCUGCCACCAUAAGCUGUAACUCAUGAAAUGAUGAUUUCUUUUUCCUUUUUGUUGAAUAUAAAGUGAGUGAACUUUACGUCUGUGUGCUGAUUUCUAUUCUAUUA